AAAAAAAAAAUGUACUACAGUAUUUUUCUUCUUCUCACAUUUCAAAUGGGCAAAACAUAAAAACUCAACAAAGCGAACAAACGAUGGAUAUCUUUCGAAUGUUUCGUGCUUGUAAAUUGGGUGAUUUUCAAACUCUCAAAACUUUGAUCGAAACCAAAGAUGUUGAUGUAAAUUUUCGUGAUAAAUUUGAUUCAACACCAUUAUAUUAUGCAUGUCUUUGUGGUCAUAUGGAAGUGGUUCGUUUUCUACUUGAACAUGGUGCCAAAUGUGAUGUUAAAACAUUCGAUGGUGAACGUUGUGUUUAUGGUGCAUUAACCGAUGAUAUACGAAAAUUAUUAUUAAAAGAAUAUAAUGUUAUUAAUAAGAAAAUUAUUCGUCGUAAUGAUUAUGAUGAAUUUCUAAGAAAAUUAUUAAAUGAUACAAAAUAUACGGAUAUUAUAUUCAAAAUACAUAAUAAUCGUUAUCAAUUCAGAGCACAUCGUUGUAUAUUAAUGAUACGAUCAAAAUAUUUUUAUAAAAAAUUUUUGGGAAAAUGGAAAGAUAAACAUAUAAUACAUAUUGAUAAUAAACAAGUAAAUCCGGAUGCAUUUCAAAUAUUAUUACAAUAUUUAUAUACAGGAAUUGUUGAAUUUUCAUUCAAAAUUCAUGAUGAUGUUUGUCGAUUAUUUCGUCAAUGUCAUUUGAAUAAAAUAAACGAAAUGAUUGAUUGUCAUAUUCAAGAAUUGCAAAAAAAAUCUCGUUCAUCAAUGUUUCGAAAUAAAAAUGUAACAAUAUUUUUAGAUUUUCCUGUUUCAUUGGAUUAUCGAAAAUUAUAUCGAACAACAUUACCUGAAGAAUUUUCCGAUCCAGAUAAUGACGACGAAAAUAUUGAAUCAAUGAAACAAACGAUAACCGGUGAUGUUGUUUUUCAAAUUGAAAAUCAACAAUUUAAUUGUCAUAAAUUAUUUUUUGCUAUACGUAGUGAUUAUUUUGCUGCAUUAUUUUGUGAUCAUUUUCAAGAAUCAUUGGAUCAUCGAAAAAUUCAAACCAUCGAUAAAAUCGAUAAAUUCAUCAUCAAUGAUCGUAUUGAUUUAUUUCGAUUAUUAACUUGUUUCAUUUAUACAAAUAACAUUGAUAAUGAUAUAACAUUAGAUCAAGUAUGUGAUCUUCUCUAUGCAUCGGAUGUUUAUCUUAUUGAAUCAUUAAAAAGAUAUUGUGCAACAAUAAUCGGUACGAAUAUCGGAAAUUUUAAUCCAAUCGAUAUAAUAAAAUGGUCAAGGAUAUUGAAUCUACCAAAAUUAGAAGCAAUAGCAACACAAUAUAUUGCUGAUAAUCUGAAAAAUUUUAUAAAUGAAAAUGAUUUUAAAAAAUUAGUUAUUGAUGAUGCACAAUCAGUACGACAACGUCAAGAAACCGAUACAAUCGAUAUUAUUGAUGAUAUUCGUUAUUAUCUAUCGAUAAAUUCAACCAAAAAAGAUUUACAAUAUGAAUUUCAACAGAUUGAUUUGCUUCUUCAAUCAUUGGAAUUGGAUGCUUGAAGAUUUCGAUUCAAGCAGUAUUCAUUAAUGAAAAAUUAAUUCGACCAAAAUCAUUAUUAUUUGUAUUCAAAAUGAUGGAUGAUAGAUUUUUUGAUGCAUGUACACGCC